GGUUCACGGGCGGGCAGGUUGACCGGGAGCAGCCUGGGCUGUCUCCCGGGGCGUUCCAUAGCCCCCUAACAUCAGGGGCCGGGCAGAGAGCUUCAGGCGGCGCGCACAUGGAGGAGUCCGUUUUCCUGGAGAUCCGGCGGAGGAUGCAGAGCGGGCUGCUGAUUAUCCGUGAGCCAAAAGCAAGAAAUUUGCCAGUGGAUAUUACAGUGUCUCCAGGAUCAUUAGAAAUAAAAAGUUGUCAAGCCUGCAACAUGAUCAACUUUCCUGCAGAGGUCAGGAUUGUUCCUUCUUCCUGUCGAGGAUUACAAUAUAUAGCUGGAGAUGGUUUGCAUGUGAGGUUGCAAGUUCAAGCAGAUUCAAAUACAACAUUAAUUUCAACUUUGAGUGAAAGUCUGAAGGCACAGAAGAGUUGCAUCUUUUACUGUCAAUCUUGUGGUGAAAUCAUAAUAAAAGAACGGACGUUUCUCAGAGUUCUUCCCCUACCAAGUGAAAACUGGAGUGCUUUGGUUGAGGAGUGGUGCUGCCAUCCCAAUCCCUUUGCCAACAGCGCUCUUCACCCUCAGAAUAACGAUUGUUUUCUUGGACACACUUACUUUCUGGUGAAUUCAGGAAAUGAGUCACAUGUGCCUGGACCUGAAAUAGUCCAUUCAGAGACUGAACAUUCUGCGUCUGAGAGGGGCCCUACCUUGAAGUCGAAGGAAAACGCUAGAGUAAUUUGUAAGCGCUGCAAGGCAAUGCUGGGAGAGACAAUAUCAUCAGGGACUACAAAAUUUUACAUCACUGAGAUGAUUGUUCAGCCAUCUGGAACAAAUUUUGACAUGAUACCAAGGUCUCAGUUUGUACAGAACAUUAUAGCUCAGUGUCUCGUGGGACUGUCCUCUGCCAGAAGCACAUUUAGAUUCAGAAUACAAGGGCAUGAUGGAAAAGUCUACAUCUUGAUGUGGCUUUUAAAUUCUGACACUUUAUUGGUGGAAUCUUUGGGAAAUUCAGCAUCCAGCAGUGUUUUUACAUUGUUUGAAGAUAAUUUGAGGCCUGAUUCCAAGUCUUCAGGCACAUGGAAUGCAGUCAAAGUUCUUUAUCAUCCCUGCAUUAAAAACAGGAAUAAGGACCUUGCUGAUGCAUGGGAAAAUGAUAUUGGAGUUCAUCCUCUAACAUUUCCAUCAAAAACCUGUUUGGAAUUGUUGUUGAUACUGAGUUUGAGUAAUGCUUGUCUGCCACCUUCACUACGCUGCAUGAACUCCUUCCAGGUUGCCUUUUUGAAGAUGUGAAGAAUCCAGACACAUUAACUGAAAAUUAUUCUCAAGUUAACCUUCAAAUAAAAUACAGAAAUAUGAGGAUAAUUUCCAUUGGGAUGACUUUCCAGCAAGAGUCAGUGAGGGUGCAAAACCUCAACAUAAUAUUAUUUUAUUAUUUAUGAUAUUUGUUGGAUUUUUGGUUUUGAAAGAGCAAAGCCAAUGACUGAGAAAGUUGGUUUAGACAGGCAUACAUUACAAGACUGGAGUUCUGAGAGUGACUUAUAUCUGAAGGCUGAGGUGACCAUAAUGAUGACUUCUUAAUCACCAAGGGAAAAGAAGUCAAUUAUCUUGAUGGAUAGUAACUUAUAUAUUUUAUGUGGAAAAUGAAGAACUGACAGCCAGUAGAGGGUAUAAAAUAUUUAAUAUUGUGAAUUCUAACUCAGAAAUAUAUAUGCAAAUUUUACCACUUUUCUCACUUUUUUUGAGUUGGCAGAGGUAAUCAGACAACUAGAACUGUAAAAUGUAAACUUGUUUUCCAGCAAACUUAUGUAUGUAGCAUAUACAUUAUUUCCAUAUGAAAUCCUACUCCCUAAUCAAGAGAGAAGGUAGUAUUUACAUGCCUGCACCCUAUGUAAAACUGAAUGAAAUUGAUAAUGUAUUAGUUAAAGUUCACAGACAAAAUGUUUUUGUGAUUACUUAAAAGAGAUUAUCUUGCAACUAUAAAAAGAAGGGUGUCUGUGAAUAUAAGGUUCAUAGAAGUUGCUGAACUGAUAGUCCUCUGUUUGCGAAGCACGUGCAUCUCAGGUUGUGACAACAUAAACUUCCCCACACAGCCCUUCCUAGACGUUCCUGGGUGCCUCAAUCCUGGCUUGGCGGGACCAUAUCUAUGGAGUAGUUCAGUCCUUAUUGCCCAUUCUGUACUUUCUCCUCUUAUCAGACUGUCAAGAAAAGUUGACAAGUGAGUUAGUGCUGAUUGGAGUUGGUAGCAGUUUCUGUGUUGUAGUCACUUAUCUACUUGUAAUUGGACUGAUACCACCAAAUGCAUUCCAUGUGGAACAAAUAACCUUGCACUGUUUCCAAUUUUGGAGUGGACCUCUCAUUCUUUAGUUGUCAGUAAUCACUUUGGUCUGCAUUGUGCAGAGAGAGUGCCAGAGAGGAUGUGUAUAUAUGUGUGGGCAGUGGAGGGAAAGAUGAACUAUUCAUCUCUGCAUAAGCACCGCUACUACCAUAAUUCAGCAGCCGCCCUGUACUCUGCCUAAGCUAAGGAUAGAGCUGAACUUUUGACAAAAUUCGUAUUGUGGAUCCCUUUUAUACUGUAUAUCUGAGCCCUGUAUUAACACAUAUUUGGAACCCUGCCCAUUUUGUAACCUUAAUCUAUUUUCUUGUGUGUCCUCAAGAUUGCCACAGAAUACCAUUGGGGCCGAAAAUUUAGCACGAUUCAAAAAUGGGUCACACAUUUAUAUAGAUAACUAGAUGAUCCAGUUUAUGCUACCAUACAUUUUGGUUUGAGUUAUUAAACACCAUGAUUCAGGUUGUAAACUAAUCUCUAAGUAUAGGGGUUAUGAGGAGACCGAAUAUAGUAUGCAGCAUAGCCCACGUUUGUCUGUUCUGUUUUGUGCCUUCCCUUGAAGCAUUUGGUGCUGUCUGCUUUUGGAAUCAGAAUACUGGAUUCGCUGAACCAUAGGUCUGAUCCAGUCUCACAGUUCUUAUGUCCUGAAGAUGCUUGGGAGAAGCAUUUCUACUGAAAAUAGUGGAAGAAAUCCUGUUUGUACAGACUGGCUUUUUUGCAGUACUCAUCUUUAAACAAUUAAGAAAUAAGAGAGACAAGGUGGGUGAGGUAAUAUCUUUUACUGGACCAACUUUUGUUGGUGAAAGAAACAGCUUUUGAGCUUACCUCACCCACCUUCUCUCUCUUUAAUAUCCUGGGAUCAACACAGCAACUACACUGCAAACAAUUAAGAAAUAAGAAAGCUGUGAGCUUGUCAAAGGACAAUUCUUUAAGAGGAACGGGUUUAGAGGGAGAGAUUCUUGUUAUGGUAAGCAGGGGGAAUGGUCCCGCUACUGUGGGGAACUUUCCUGGCUUCUGCACUACCCCAGUGAAGUGGGCUAGCGAAAGGAUCUGAGUCCUUGCUCCCACUUCCUUUGUCCAGAGGCCUCCCUGCCCUUGAGGACUCCCCUUCCACUCUCCUGUCUGGCAGAGUCCUCAUAACCCCAACAAGGUUGGGCCCAGGAUUCCUGGGGGGCUUAACCACCAACCCUGCUGUGGUCACCCAGGACAGGGGCUAGCAUGUCCCCACUCUGGGGUACUCUCUUUGCACUGCGCACCUCCCUGACCCACUGAUGACAUCAUACAAUUUAAAGCAAAUACCAGUUAUUUAAUUAACAAUUAAUUUUAAAAAAGAAUAAGGAAAAAUGGGAAAGGUUAAAGGAAAACACAUCACCCCGUUCUGUGGCAGGGACCAUCACAAACAGUAUCUCUGGACAUCAGGGAACUUCACAGUCUGUUCCUUGUAGGUCCCAGGCCUCCUUCUCAGGCCCUGGCUGUACUGCAGGGACGCUGCGGGUUGGACACUUGCUCUGGCGGUGGCCACACACUCUCAGGCUCUGGGUGGCAGGACCCUUCUCCCCAGUGUCACCUCCACUGUGUCAGGGUUACGAUCCCCCUCCAAGUCUGGCCUGCAGAGCCUCUUGGCUGAGGUGUCUCCCUGUGCUGGGCCCACUGCCCAGGGUCCCCUUCGCUCUCCUCAGCUGCUCACCAGCCCCAGCUCCACACUGCCUCAGUGCGGCUGCUGCUGCUGCUCUGCCUUCAGCUCCCUGGGCUGCUUCUCUAGCCUCUCUGACUCCAGUUGCUACAGCUCUGCUCCCAGGGCAGGUCUGCUCUGCAGGCUGCUUCUGUGACUCUCUCUCAGCUCUCACCUGCUUCCUGGGCUGCUUGUCUGGCCCCUCUGGCUCUGGUUGCUGCAGCUCUGCUCCCAGGGCAGGUCUUCUCUCUCUGGUCUGUGCUCUGGCUUUUUGGGCUGCAGCUCUGCUCCCAGCAGCUUAGCUUGGGCCCCUACUCUCUCCUUAGCUCAGCCUCACUCCAUCGGACUCAGACAAUUCCAGCUCACACAGAGCACGGGACCCCCGUGGCCUCCUGACUCCUUGAUUAGCCUGCCCGCCCUGUCAGUCAGGCUGAUCUGGAGCAUUGGCCUCUCCACAUUGUUCCUGGAG